GGUAGAGUCUGCGCGAGUGGGAGUGGAAGCGAGUCGCUCGGUCUCGGCAGCGUUCAUCCAUUCUCUCUCGCCCUGUCUGCGUGUGUGUGUGUCUGUGUUUGUGUGUGUGUGCGCGCGCGGCACUCCCCGUAAUCACACAACGCUGUGUGCGUCCUCGGUGCGAACCGAGGGGCUCUCCAGACACGGGCUGUUCUCCGCGACUCCUGGAAGCGAAAAGAGAAUCGGAGGAAGAGACAGGAAAAAAAGAAUAAAUAAAAAUAAAACUCCAAAGCCCUCUUUUUUUUUUUCCUUUUUUUUUUUUCCUCCUCCCCCGUCGCACGGAUUCCGCUGUUGGAAGCGGGGAGGGUGGGGGGACGCGCGGAGCGGAGCGACGCAAGAGAGCGGGAGGAAAAGGGGCUUUUUUCCGAGCGCGGCGUGCUCCGUUCAGACCCAACAUGGCGCUGCAGCGAGGUACGGACGAGGUGCUGGUUUAAUUCCUCCGCCAACCUCACCUCCACGCCACCUGUAUCCCGCGAGCGGCUCGGACCGAACAGCUUUUUUUCUUUCUGACUCGUCGGAUCCUCUCUUGUGGAUUUUUUUUUUUCAGGAUUCCCCCCCACCACCACCACCACCCACCCCUCCGCGUCUCUCUCUUUCAGCGCAGGAUCUUUUUGUAGCUGUAUGGAAGCUCCUAAAAAGUCCGCUUCAAAUAGAGAGCGAAGGAUGAGAGUCGGCUGUAGACAAUAGAGCACACACAGAGGGGCUCAUUUGUAAGAUUUGCUUCCUUUCGUGACAAGUGGAUAACCUGUUAGACACUUUUUUUAUUAUUAUUAUUAGUCCCCCCCUAUUUCUCCUUCUGGCCGGGAUCGCCUGUCUCCGGCAGACAGGACCGUAACCGGGGCCAGUCUACGUACGUCCACGCACCGGGAAAAAACGGGACAAAAGACUUGACGCCAACUCCGCGGAACUUGCACCAUUUAAUCAGGGCAACAUCUGUUCGUGAUGUCGAUGCUGAGACGCAAACUAACCUGGCACUAAGACGAGGAAACGACAUCUCACAAAAUAUGGUGGAUGCAAGGUUGACGCCCCUGGCGGCAAUGGGGCUGGACCGAAGCGCUCUGAUACACGACAGCCUCCGUCUCCACGGUGGGGUCGUAUACCCUGGGAUCAGAACCCUCCCAUCGGAGAAGAGCCGAGAGACGGCCACCCUUCCACUCGCCUACAGCAGAGAUGGUCUCCCAGAACUAAUUUACAAACCCGACGGGCCUCUAGACAGCCGCAAGGCCGCAAACGGCUACCAGAGCCUCUACAAGGGUUCGCAUCCAAGCCUUCACAAGCCUGUGCUGGUUACUGGAGCUGAGGGUCUUGGCCUGGAACGGCGAGUAGGGCCUGGAGAAAAAGUGUCAGAGCUGGGCUUGGCUGGGGCUGGGGGCAGCUACCUCCGCAUGCCGCUGCUGAGCCCUUACCCGGAAGCAAGCAUGUAUCCCUUUAUGGACACGUCCAAGUACGCUGCUUUGAACAUAUACAAAGCCUCCUUGCUCAGCCAGCCCAGCCCUUACCUUCCACAGCACCUGCCCUACCCACCCCUGUGUGCAGCCCAGGGAGUCAGUGUUACGUCUGCUGCAGCUGUAUCUGCUGCUGAGAGGCUCUAUUAUAUGCCUCCCUACCCUCCCUCUCCCAUCUCGUCUCCCCUGGUGGCCACUCCCAUGAGGAUCCCUGCGGUCACGGUGACCCCCACUACGCUGGUACACUGCCAAGACAAAGGGCUUGGUGUUACAUCUCCAUUUGCACAGCAGCUUCAUCAGCCCUCUCCUCACCCUCAGCAGCACCAUCAGGCCGCCAUGGAGAGAGAGCGGUCUCCGAGCCGGAGCAGCAGACCAAGCAGACCGCCCUCCAGGAAGGCCUCAAGCAACAACAAUAGCACCAGUAGUACAAGCACCAGUGGCACCACUGUUGGGAAUAAUAACAGCCUGCCUGCUGAUUCCUCUCACAUGUCCUCCCGCAUCUCCCAGCCUCCCCCUCUGCCUACUCUCCUUGACAAAGCACUGGAUUUGCAAAGGCCAGUUGCCAGAAUAGGACAACCGUCCGCCUCUUCUGCGGCUUCAAUAUCUGUGUCCUCCUCCUCUACGCAGUCCAUUGCUCACCCUUUUUCUAUUGGCAGCAUGGCAUCGGAGCAGCCCUCUUCUGGCAGGCCCAGCCCCCACAAGCCCAGGUCUAGGGAUGGGGUCUCUGAAAGCAGGAGUGCAGGAGUGGAAAAAGUACGCAGCAGGUCUCCUUCGUUGGCCAAUUUUGAGAGGCCAGCCAACCAACCCCAACCAACCAAAGACUCUGUGGAGAAGCCCCUGGAUUUGUCAGGAAGGAUAAUUGAGUACGGACUGCCUGCCAAUGGUUUCUCGGUGAAGAUGGACCCCAUGUCGUCUGGAGCCCGUUAUGGACUCCCCUCUGGCCGAGAGCUCCUGAAUGAAAACGUGUCCCUCUCCCCUUCCUCCCAUCCCCAUUCUGUGGUCAGCAGCACUUCUUCAAAGGUCUCAGAGAGGCCGGAAAUGAUCAGCACUUUACACUCGUCCUGGGUCGUACCGAGCCCGUCUCCCUCACACGCACAGCACACGCCGGGUUUGCCGUCCUCUCCUAGGUCAAAUGCAGAUCUGGCCCUUUCACAAGCCAAAGGCACCUCACCCUCGGUCAUCAAGAACAAGGGCCUAGAGAGGGUCCUCCCUCAGCAGCGGAGCUCGUCCUGCCCAAGGAUAGGAGAGCCCAACCUAAGCGUUCCCUCCUCUCAGCACUCUGGCUCCUCUCUGAUCACCUCCAAGGCUCUUUCUCCCAAACCUAACGGCGAGUGGGUCAAACACAGCCCCAGCCAGUCGGAGCACCACAGGGAGGGAGCAGAGAAAUCAGCCCAGAGGAAUAAGCGAAGUGACCUGACACCCGAUCUGUCGUCGUACAAGAGGCCGUGUUUGGAGAACGGUCACCCUCCUUCCCACCUCUUCCUUCCUCAAAGCGAGGCCUAUCUGAACCACAGCUUGGCAUACGCUAAUAGAUAUCUGCAGUACCCCAUCCCCGAUGGCUUGGCGCUACACCCAAUUUCAGGGAAAGGCCCAGUGUACCCUAACCCUGUUCUGCUGGGCAACAAUGGCCUUUACCCAACCCACUUGGCUGGAAAACACCCUUUAACUUACCCGAACCUCCCAGCUGGUCCGGGUGCAGAAUACCUCACUUAUAACUCACAGGAGAUGGCCCAUCCGCUGAUGCAGACGCACUCUGACAGCAAGCCGGCAGAGAGGGCAGACGCAACACUAAAGCCCCGGGGACAGGAGAAACCACGGGGAGCUGUGGAAGAAGGCGGGAGCCACAGAGUUCACAGCGCUGCAAAAGAGACAAGCGAAGGCAACCAAAUGAAGCAUGAUAGGGAGGUAGGAGUGCAAGGACAGGGUGGCAGUCAAAGCAAAAACCUCCCCUCAUCCGUGGCGCCAAGAGAAAAGAUUGUCUGCAUUGACCUUGUGCACUCAGACACAGAUAUCGAGUCUACCCCAGCAGUCCACAAACAGCCUUCUGCUGAGCCUAGCAACAAGGGGAACCAAAAUGAAUGUCAUAGAAGCCAAAACUUGACAAACGUUGAGAGUAACACGCAACACCAAGCACAUCCAAGCCACUCUGGACAGAACGCCAAUCCGAAGGGGAGCAGCAGCACUGACGGGCUGCAAGAAACUCCCUUCGGGAAGGGAAACGUUCCCCAGGAAACGGCCUGUCCUGCCGAGGCAUCGAGGACGCCCCAGACCUCUCUUCUCGGAGAGAUCUCUGAUGCAGAAGAGAGCGCAGAGGAAAGCAGUCCCAGCCCAGACCCCGGGGAUCAAGAUCAGAGCACUUUGCGCUGUGCCCGCACCUCGGGGGAGCGCAGCUCUGGUAAGGACAAAAGAGACGGGGGCAGCUGCGCUUCUCCCCUCGCACAGCACAAUACAAAUGUGCUGAAGGAGUGCGAGAGGGAGGCUGAGAAAGAGGACAGCAUUGUUGAUCUUGGGGAGUCCCAAGCGGAGGGAGACGAUGAAGAGGAGGAGGAAGGAGACGGUACCCAGGCUUCGUCCAAAAACUGUCGUAGGUCCAGCCUGGCCAAACGGAUCGCGAACUCCUCUGGCUACGUAGGCGACCGCUUUAAAUGCGUCACCACAGAGCUGUAUGCCGACUCUAGCAAACUGAGCCGCGAGCAGAGAGCAUUGCAGAUGGAAGUCUUAUCACAAGAGGAGAGUAAUAUAAGCCAACCUGCAGCUAACUGGGAGCGGGCGAUGAUGCGGUUCUCCGAGCUGGAGCUGAAGGAGAAGGAGGGCGGCGGCAUGUGCGUCUUUGCCUCGGCAGCGGGACGGGAGCUGGCAGACGGCCAGCACAGAGAGAGAGCGCUGGAGUCCUGCCAGCACACCACCAGGCAGGCAGAGAGGGAGGGUGUCCGUCCGCUCUACGCCAACAACAGGGUUCCCGUCCUGCAGAGGUGCGUGGCCCCCGGGGACCACGUCGCCCUGGGUCACCAGGGUCAAGACGGAGCCAGGAAGGCCGCGGCGAGAGAGUCCGAGGAGGGACUGUGCCUGCCUCCCACGCUGACACCAUUAAAGGAGUUCCUGGAGGAGAAGGUCGGCUCCGGCUUCGGAGCGGCCAGAAAACGCCCGCUCAUCAAGGAGGAGAAGGAGGACGCAGAGGAGCGGGAGAAGAGAGCCAGGCUUUCUACGGCAGAUGAGCAGCAGGCCGAAGACGAUGACGACGACGACGAAGUGCGAAAGCUCAAAGUCUGCAUUGAGCUGAAGGGGCUGCGGCUGAGCAAGCCCGCGGCGGGAGCCACCUCGCCUGACGGGUCCCAGUUCAGGCCGGAGAGGCCCUGCUGGCCCCAGCCCCGCGCGGCCAACCCGGCCCAGGCCCAGCGGGAAAGAAAGAUCCGCCCGGCGGAGCCCGAGGACAGAGCGGCGGCGGCGGCGCAGAGGAACGACAUCAACAGGAAGUGGGGCUGCGAGAAGCUACCUAAUGGGCUAGCCGCUCCCGCCCUCCCCCCCGGCCCGCCAAAGGACAGAGCGCACCAGCCGAGCCUCUUCUCAGGUGACCGCGGCCUCAAGGAGCCAAAGAGGGGGCCCCCCUCGCCGGCCCCCGAGCCCUGCUUGGGAGGCGUCCCUCCCUUCAAGCCCCGUCGCCAUAGUGACGCGGACAAACCCAAGGGCAAGCGGCCGUGCAAGACCAAGCACACCAGCCAGCGAGACAGAGAGAGGGAGCGGGAGAGGAGGAGAGAGGCCGCGCCCACCAGCCCCGGCCAGCGCUCGGCGCCUGAUCUGGGAUCAGCCGAGGACGACAAGCCGACCGAGCAGCGCGGCGCUCCGAGGAAGAGAGCCGCCUCCCCUAAUCACUAUCCCUGCUCUCCACUUCAGCCCUGCUCCCCCGCCGCGCUCUGUCCGCCCGCCCUGCUGCCACAGGCGGCCGUCAGGGCGCCGCAGGAGGCGCCGGGGCUGCACAGGACGCCCCCUCCCGAGCCCUCCGCCGUGCGCCCCAUCCCGCCGGAGGCGCGGCGACUGAUCGUGAACAAGAACGCCGGCGAGACCCUGCUGCAGCGAGCGGCGCGGCUCGGCUACGAGGAGGUGGUGCUGUACUGCCUGGAGAACCGAGUCUGCGAGGUGAAUCACAGAGACUACGCCGGCUACUGCGCUCUCCACGAGGCUUGUGCUCGGGGCUGGCUCAGCAUCGUCCAACACCUGCUGGAUUACGGCGCCGACAUCAACUGCAGCGCACAGGACGGGACCAGACCCAUCCACGACGCCGUGGAGAACGACCACCUGGACGUGGUGCGGGUCCUGCUGUCCUACGGGGCCGACCCCACCCUGGCCACGUAUUCUGGCCGCGGCCUGCUGAAGAUGACCCGCAGCGACACCAUGGAGCGUUUCCUCACCGAUUAUUUUGCUGACCUUCAGGGCCGCUCAGAUGACGACCCAGGGCUUUAUUGGGAGUUCUAUGGCAGCGCUGUGUGUGAAUACGGCGAGGAAGGCGGCGUUUACAACAUCCUCGCUGACCCGCCGGGCCCAGACGACGAGGAAGAGGACGAGAAGAGGGAGGUGUUUGAGUUCGAGUUCUCCGAUCGACCUUUGCUGCCGUGCUACAACAUCCAGGUGUCCCUCUCCCAGGGACCCAGAAACUGGCUGCUGCUGUCCGACGUGCUCCGGCGGCUGCGCAUGUCCGCCCGCGCCUUCCGGCAGGCCUUCCCCCACAUGGAGGUGGUGACGGUGGCCGAGGCCGAGUUCUACCGGCAGGCGUCCCUGUCGCAGCUCUUCUCCUGCCCCGAGGAGCUGGAGGGCUUCCAGCCCGACAGCAAAGACCUGCUGGACUUGGUGGAGGACAGCGCGGAGCUGGCCGCUCUGCUGGGCUCAACACUGGAGUGUCUGGACGACCGUUGGGAGCACCCGGCGGGCAAGCUCAAGGACAAAAUCAAGGCGGCGGGGGGCAAGCUGGGCUCGUCCUGACCUCGUUCCUCGCCCCCCCCCCCCCGGUGGAGUUUGCUUUAGAACCAAUCAGAGGUGACAGAUAUGCCUUAGCGUGACCCUUAGUUCUCUCGGCUCCGGCCCGGUCCUGGACCAGCACUGGUGCACUGUACAGACGGACUGGCCGACUGGGCUGCAGACGUUUCCCCUCCAUUGACUAAGGAUCAACACAUUUCUGACUCAAGAGACUUAAUAAUGGUCUUAUUUUUAUAAAUUAAUAUAUGUAUAAAUAAAUAUAUACAGUAUAUAUAUGAUUAUGGAGAGUUUUUUUUUUCUUUCAGACAUUGCUCAUUGCUCCAAAAAUCUUUUUUUUUUGUUGUUUCAUAUAUAGAUGAGUCGUGCUCUCAGCGGCUGAGCGUACAGCACACUGUGCAUGUGUUUAGUUGUACAGAAUAGUUCUGAGGAUGUGCUGUUCGGUCUGAUAUUCGUGUUUAUAGGAAGCACAUGAUGUCCAUUUUUUUUUUU